UCUUCUUUAAAAAAUAAAAUAACAACCCAAUCCCUUCAUUAUAAAUAGUGCAGCUUAGUGAUUGUGGAAAUCAUCAUUAUUAUUAGAGAGAGAUGGCAGAGCUUUUUGUGAAGCAGGGAGAGGAAUAUGCAAAUGCAAGGCCAAGUUAUCCACCACAACUCUUUCAAUUUAUAGCUUCAAAGACUCCUUCUCACAACCUUGUUUGGGAUGUCGCCACCGGUAGUGGCCAAGCCGCAAAAUCUUUAGCUGAUUUAUACAAGAAUGUGAUAGCUACAGAUGUUAGUGAAAAACAACUUGAAUUUGCAACAAAACUCCCUAAUGUGCAAUACAAACACACCCCAUCAACCAUGUCCAUUCCUGAGGUUGAACAAAUUGUAGCACCACAAGGAUCCAUAGACCUUGUCACUAUUGCUCAAGGACUUCAUUGGUUCAACCUCCCAAAUUUCUAUAACCAAGUCAAACAUGUACUCAAAAAACCUCAUGGAGUCAUUGCUGCUUGGUGUUACUUUUUGCCAAGAAUUAGUGAUCAAGUAGACACUGUCUUUGAUCAAUUCUAUUAUAACGAUUCAAAACCUUAUUGGGAUUCGGCGCGUAAAUUGGUCGAAGACAAUUAUAAAAGCAUUGAUUUUCCUUUUGAGGUAGUGGACGGAGUUGAUCAUACGGGACCGUUUGAGUUUGUUACGGAGACAUUGAUGAGCUUUGAUGGUUUGUUAACUUAUAUAAGAUCAUGGUCGGCUUAUCAGACAGCUAAGGAGAAAGGAGUUGAGCUUCUUCGGGAGGAUGUUGUUGAAAAAUUUAAGGUUGCUUGGGGGGAAGAUCUUGGCCCUAAAACUGCUAAGUUUCCGAUUUAUCUUAGAAUUGGAAAAGUUGGAAAUGUUUGAACAUGUUGAUAGUUCUAUUUAAAGAGCACCAUUUGAGAUGUGUCAAUAAAUCUUUGAAGCUUGGGAAUUUUGUGCACCUAAUUGACACAUUCAAUUUCAAACUCAUAACCUACGCAUCAAAAAGUUAACUACAAUGCUUGUAACUGAAAUUACAGAAGUUAGUAGUUUAACUCUAGUGGGUAGGAACAGCUUUUAUGUUAGAUUCAGCUUAAAAAAUAAGCAAUCAGAUUUGAUUUGAUUUUCUACA